AGCGUCGACCUUUCUCGUUAGAUCUAGACUAGGGCGACUCCCAUUUACUUAUAGAAGUGUUACUUGGCGUUUCACUUACUCUCUCUCUCUCUGUAUAUUGUAUUCCGAGGGUUCUCUGAUAAGUGGAAAGGGAGAAGGCGAGUUUGUCUGUUGAGGUGUAAUAUUUUCACUUGUAGUUGACUGGACUUGGCUCUCUCUUUCUCUAUUUUUGGAUCUAUUCCUACCGUGCAGGUGAAGAAGAGGAAAGAAUCAAGAGACAGUGUUAUAUUUAUCUCCACAAAGACCUCUCCAUCACUUGCCAUACUUGAGUAUUGUAUAUAAAUAAUUAGUAGAUCUACUCUUGGCAUUAUGGAUGAGCAAUCACCAAAUGACAAGACCUCAGAGGCUUCUGCCCUCACUCCAGCCUCCAGUGACAAAAGGUUUGGGCUUACUCAAGUCCAGUUGACUCAGAUUAUGGAUUUCGGUGACAAGAGUGGAAUGAAGAAAGUGGAUCAGUAUGGAGGGAUAGAUGACAUAGCCCGUCACUUAAAGACAAAUCUUACAGAUGGACUCCCGGUGAACGAGGCUGAUCACGAGGAAAGGAAAAGGGAAUUUGGUGUCAAUUAUAUAGAACCAGUUCCUCCCAAGUCAUUCUUGGCUCUGAUGUAUGAUGCCAUCCAAGACAAGAUACUACUUAUAUUGCUAUUGUGUGCCAUAAUAUCGAUUGGGUUAAGUGUGGGUAUCGCUGAGCAUGAGAGAAGCACUGCCUGGUUUGAGGGUUUUGCCAUAUUCCUCGCCGUUGUGAUCGUCGUCUUGGUAACAGCAAUCAAUGACUACACUAAAGAGCAACAGUUCAGGGACUUGCAGAAGAAACUGGAAAGCACUUCAAAGUAUACCGUUAUCCGUGAGUCUGAGAGAUUCGAGAUCAAUGCUGCUGAUAUAAUAGUCGGCGACAUUAUAGAGUUCAAGUAUGGUAACGCCUUUCCCUGUGACGGUCUCUUGAUCCGCGGGAACGACGUGAGCAUCUCAGAGUCGGCACUAACUGGAGAGACUGAAAACAUACGCAAGAGACCUGACAAGGACCCUUUCCUUUAUGCCGGUACACAGGUAAUGGAAGGCACUGGUACAAUGUUGGUGAUAGCUGUAGGCAUUCACUCACAACAAGGCAUAAUAUUUACUUUAAUGUCCAAGCAAGCUGAAGAGGAAGUUGGUAUCAUCACAGCUGCUUUUAGGAAGAUAACUGGCCCGUGUGUACGUGCAUACAGAAAUCGUACGAAUCCUCAAGAUGAAGAAGUGAAACCAGUCAAAGUAGAAAUAAAAGAAAUACCACCAAGAGGAGCAGAAGAGAUGCAAGAAGAGGAAGAGGAAUUGGAAGAGUUGAGCUGUUGUCAGAAAAUUCUGCAUCCCAAGACUGCCAUGAAGAACCGAAGAGCAAGGAAAGAGAAGAAAAGGAGGGAACAGCAAAAAGGCGAGACAUCACACGGGAGUGUACUCCAGAAGAAACUCACUAAGCUGGCUCUACAGAUUGGAUACUUUGGCAUGGCCGCCGCUAUUCUUGCUAUAGUUGUCACUUCACUGAAGUUUGCUAUUGAAGAGUAUGGCAUCAAGGGACGAGGUGCGAUGAAGACCGACGCCCUCCAGUUCCUCCUCUUCUUCAUUAAUGGGGUGACUGUCAUCGUCGUGGCCGUUCCCGAGGGUCUCCCACUUGCAGUGACCAUAGCUCUAGCCUUCUCUGUCAAGAAGAUGCUCAAGGAUAAUAAUCUCGUUCGUCACCUUCACUCGUGCGAGACAAUGGGUAACGCCACGACCAUCUGCUCGGAUAAGACCGGGACUCUGACGACCAAUAGAAUGACAGUUGUGGAUAGCUAUGUGGCACAGAUGAGGUAUAACGGUAACACUCCCACUGCAGAGAACUUCCCCCCUCCAGUCCUGGAAGUAUUGCAACAGAAUAUCGCUAUCAAUAGCAAUUACUCGUCUUCACUACAGCAGCCUGAAUCUGCUGCUGCCAAUGAUGAUGGUUUGCUUAGCAAAGUGUCUAGUUUCUUUUCUCGUCGUAAAAGAAAGAUUGGUGCUGAAGCCAAAGAGAGUGAAACUAAGAAACCACUAACUGUCAAUGAAUUAAAAAGUCUGGUAAGAGGAGAAGGUGGUAAAUUGGUGAAUCAGGUUGGUAAUUCAACCGAAUGUGCUUUACUUGGCUACUUAAUUGAAUUGGGUAUCCACUAUGAUCCGAUACGCGAGGUUUACCCAAAGGAGUGUUUCGUUAAACAGUUCACUUUUAACUCAAAAAGAAAGAGCAUGAGUACCGUCAUACCACUCCCUGAUGGCAAAGGAUUCAGAUUGUUGACAAAAGGAGCUUCUGAGAUUGUCCUCAAUAAAUGUGACAAAAUAAUGACUGCCACUGGAGAGAUUGUUCCGCUUACAGAUGACAUGUCUUCACAUGUUAAUUCUAAUGUGGUGCGUAACAUGGCUUCAGGAGCAUUACGUACCAUCUGCCUAGCCUACAGGGAUUUCACAAUGGAAGAAGUAACUGCUCCAAAGUCCAAUGUUGAACAGGGCCAGGGGCUUGAGAUUGUUAAUUUAAGCGAGUCAGUGGAGCCGCCUGUUUUUGACUGGGACGAUGAGGAUAAUGUCGUCUCGGGACUGACCUGUAUUGCUAUUGUCGGAAUUGAAGAUCCUGUCAGAGACGAGGUCCCUGAGAGCAUAUUAAAGUGUCAGAGAGCUGGUAUAACAGUCCGUAUGGUUACUGGUGAUAAUGUUGAGACUGCAAAGAGUAUAGCAGAGAAGUGUGGGAUCAUCCCUAAAGGAAACAAAGGACUCCUUGUACUUGAUGGACCGACUUUUAGAAAGAGAGUAAUGACAGUCACAGAAGAUGGAAAAGAAGUGGUUAAUCAAGAGAUGCUUGACAAAAUAUGGCCCAGAUUGCGUGUUUUGGCAAGAUCUUCACCACAAGAUAAACACACUCUGGUCAACGGUAUCAUACAGUCCCGCGUCAACAAGAGCCGAGAGGUUGUGGCUGUCACUGGUGAUGGAACUAACGAUGGACCUGCUCUUAAAUGUGCCGAUGUUGGGUUUGCUAUGGGUAUUGCUGGUACAGACGUUGCUAAAGAAGCUUGUGACAUUAUCCUAACAGACGAUAACUUUACGAGUAUCGUCCAAGCCGUUAAAUGGGGACGCAACGUCUACGAUGCCAUUUCAAAGUUCCUUCAGUUCCAACUGACGGUCAAUGUGGUAGCCGUUACCUUAGUACUCAUUGGCUCCUUUACUAUCGGAGACACUCCACUCCGUGCCAUACAGCUCCUCUGGGUUAACAUUGUCAUGGAUACUUUUGCCAGUCUUGCUCUUGCUACUGAAGCACCUACCGAUGCAUUGCUAAAGAGAAAACCGUACGGUCGCAAGAAGCCUCUAAUAUCUCGUCGAAUGUGGUUAUUCAUCAUCGGACACUCCUUCUACCAGCUGGUGGUUCUUAACGUCCUCCUCUUUGCCGGGCCAGAGCUAUUUGAUAUCGAUCACACCCAGUCUGCAAGUGAAAAUUAUUUUGCCGAGCCCACCGAACACUUUACAAUGAUAUUCAAUUCGUUUGUCUUCAUGCAAAUAUUCAAUGAGUUUAACGCUCGUAGGAUCCACGGAGAACAAAACGUUUUCGCUAACAUACACACCAACUGGAUAUUCCUUGGCAUCAUGUUUGGCCAAGUUAUUUGUCAGAUCUUAUUCAUUGUUGUCCCCGGCCUGAAUGAUAGAAUAUUCAAAGCUACAUCACUUUCAUUUGAUCUGUGGAUGUGGUGCAUCUUCUUUGGUUCAUUUGAGCUUGUUUGGGGUCAAAUACUCACACUAAUACCAGUAGAGAGGUUCCCUGCUAUACGACUACCUUGGAGGAAAAAGAGUGACGACCAACAAGAUGAAAAUGAUUAUGACAUUGGUCUCGAUUCUUAUGACGCUAACAGAGCUCGUCUUCUGUGGGCCAAAUCACUGAGCCGUCUCAGGACACAGAUUCGUGUCGUCAAUGCAUUCAAGUCAGGAUUGGAGUCAAACGAUCAGCUCCUUCUGUCCCAACUCCCCCAUUACACACUCACACCAAAAUCCUCUCGCUACAAUGCUGGAGAUAAUCCUGUUUUCAAGGACAGCAAAGAAACGGAAGUGUAGUGAGGAAAGAGCUAGAUAGAAAAACUAAUGAUGUGAAGUGUAGAGCUUAUGAUUAUUAUUAUUAUUAUUAUUAAUUGUUAUUGCCAAAGACAUUUAGGAACUUAAUUCUUCAUAAAGCUAUACUGUUGUUGACUUAUUAUUAUUAUUAUUAUUAUUAUUAUUAUUAUUAUUAUUAUUAUUAUUAUUAUUAUUAUUAUUAUUAUUAUUGUUGUUAUUAUUAUUAGUUGUUGUUGUUGUUGUUGUUGUUGUUUUAUGUGUUUUGCUAUUAUUAUGCUAACAUUUUACUCGUGGAUGUCUUUUAUGUGUAUGCUUUAUGAGUUAUGACAAUAUAUUAUAAUAAUUAAGCUACAACACAA